AUGGCGACAAGCCUCGUUCUUGGCGGCGCACGACUGUCCUCAGAGCUUCCGCUCCAGAUCGAGCCCGUCAGUAUGACAUUCCGUGGCGGAACCGUCUCAUCCCCGCCACCUCAUGCGGAGGCGCAAAUUGCAGAGUUGAUUUUCGGCGCUCAAAUUUGUGAGCAUGCGCAAGGCGUAACACGUCCGUGCGUUUGCAAAUGCGAUUCGCUUCUCGGAUCGGCGUCACCCAACACAGCCGCCCCGAACGCCGCUGCUCCACCUCGACCAUCAUCGCUCGUCUCCGUCCACCAUCCACCACGGCAAACACUGCACACUUUGUCUGGACACGUCCUACUCGAAGUAUCGCGCCUAUUGCCAUCAAAUCGCAGCAUCACUUUCCUCACCCGCAACGACUGCACCAUCAUCGCCAGCAGCACGCUACCACCGAUAGAAACAACACAAGCGACAGCCGAACGGUUCUACGGUAGCGCCCCCGACUCGAGUCUCUGA